AUGAGUUUCUCUAAUAUGCUCAACAAGCUGUCUGGACAGCCAGAGAGUUACGAGAAGAAAUCCCACUACAAAUUCGGAAGAACGCUCGGUGCUGGCACAUAUGGUAUCGUCCGGGAGGCAGAUAGCAGCAAAGGCAAGGUCGCGAUCAAGAUCAUUCUGAAGAAGAACGUCCGGGGCAAUGAACGCAUGGUCUAUGAUGAGCUGGAGAUGCUGCAAGCAUUAAACCACCCCAACAUCGUCCACUUCGUCGAUUGGUUUGAAUCGAAAGACAAGUUCUACAUCGUCACACAACUGGCCACUGGUGGGGAGUUGUUCGAUCGCAUUUGCGAGUACGGAAAGUUCACAGAAAAGGAUGCCUCUCGAGUCAUCCGGCAGGUGCUCGGCGCAGUGCAUUACCUGCACGAGCGGAACAUUGUCCACAGAGAUCUGAAACCUGAGAACCUCCUGUACCUCACCCCUGCCCCCGAUUCUCCGUUGGUAUUGGCCGAUUUCGGUAUCGCGAAGAUGUUGGACAGCCCCAGCGAAGUCCUGACCAGCAUGGCGGGAUCCUUUGGUUACGCGGCGCCCGAAGUGAUGCUGAAGAAGGGCCACGGCAAGGCCGUCGACAUGUGGUCCCUCGGAGUUAUCACCUACACCCUGCUUUGCGGUUACUCACCGUUCCGGUCCGAGAACCUGUCCGACCUGAUCGAGGAGUGCCGCACGGGCCGCAUCAUCUUCCACGAGCGCUACUGGCGCGAUGUCUCCCAGGACGCCAAGGACUUCAUCCUCACGAUGCUGCAGCCGGACCCCGCCAAGCGUGUCACCUCCGAGGACGCCCUGAAGCACCCCUGGCUGACCGGCGAGACCGCCAGCGACCGCGACCUGCUGCCCGAGAUCCGCGCCUACAUCGCACGCUCGCGCCUCCGCCGCGGCAUCGAGAUCAUCAAGCUGGCCAACCGCAUCGAGUCGCUCAAGAUGCAGGAGGAGGACGACGACGACAUCCCCAGCGCCGUCGAGAUGGCCUCGGGCGACGACGCCGCCUCCACCAACUCCACCGACCCCGCCUCUCCCAACGGCAAAUCCGCCCCGUCGUCCCCCGAGAGCGACGCCGCCAGUCGCAAGAAGCGCAGCCUCAGCAAGGUCGCCCGCGGCGCCAUCUUCCGCGAAGUCGUGCUGGCCAAGGUGCGCGAGCAGAAGGAAACCGAGGAGCGGGAGCGGAUCGAGCGCGAAGCGCGCGAGAAGACCCCCCAUGCCUGA